AUUUCUACAUCCCUGAUUUUUACACGUCGCAAACGUCAUUUGGAAUUUAUUUUUCCUGUGUUUCCAUGAUAGUUAAAUUAGGACUGAAUUAACUCAAUGCAAAACUGAAAUCCGGCAAAUAUAUAAAUCAUCACAAUGAAGGAGGACGAAGCAAGUAAAUGUGCCGAGCAUAAACAAAUCGAAGAUAUUGCUGCUGAAAUAGAUGAACUGAAUGUCCCUAGUGUUGGUCGGAAUGUAAGCCACGCUGGAGUCGUUGGUCGAAUAGAUGAUUUAGUGCAAUACGUGGGAUUAUAUAUUCGCAAUCCAAUAGUCCUAAGUGGUGUUGUACUGCCAUUUGUUCCGCUAUAUUUAGGAGCUUUUUAUUUAUGGCUAUCUUACGGAGUCGAUGAACAUUAUGAAGCCGGUUUGGUGGCCGUUGCAGCAAUUGCAUUUGUCCAUAUUUUGACACUUCUUUGUUGCUAUUGGAGCGUCCACGUAUUAGCAUUCCUUAAUUGUCGAAAAGUGAAGACACCACAGGUCGGUGUUUUGGCUAAAGUAGUGCCAACUGAAAACAAUGGUUCAUCCGAAAUGGUAUCCAUUAGGAGCACCAAAACGGAGAAUGGCGAAACCUUCUACUUUUUGUUUCAAAAGACGAAGUAUAUUUGGGAUGAGGAGAAGGCAACCUUUAGAGGCUUGCAAUUCCCAGUUAAUGAGUUGUUGAGUCACUAUUCCAAGUCCCGGGGAUUUGAGACAGACGAAUCAAUUACAUUGGCCGAACAGAUCUAUGGAAGAAAUAACAUGGAAAUGGUUGUACCAGAGUUCUUGGAUCUUUUCAUUGAACGAGCAACCGCCCCAUUUUUUGUUUUUCAAAUAUUCUCUGUAGGACUUUGGUGCCUAGACGAAUAUUGGUACUACUCCCUUUUUACGUUAUUUAUGCUGAUAGUAUUCGAGUGCACCUUAGUCCAGCAACAGUUGCGUAAUAUGUCGGAAAUCCGUAAAAUGGGGAAUAAGCCAUAUUUAAUAAACGUAUUUCGCUACAACAAAUGGCGAUCGUUGCCUUCAAACCUGUUACUUCCUGGAGAUUUGGUUUCAAUAAUUCGAUCGCAAUCCGAGAACUUAGUACCAUGCGAUUUGGUACUUUUGCGUGGAAGUUGUAUAGUGGACGAGAGUAUGUUAACAGGUGAAUCCGUACCACAAAUGAAGGAGUCCUUGGAAUCGCUUGAUAACUUAGACACUGAGCUUGACGUCGAAGGCGAUGGAAAGUUGUUUGUGCUUUUUGGAGGAACAAAAGUCGUGCAACACACGGCUCCGACAAAAGAUGCAAUGCGAGCUCCCGACGGUGGCUGCAUUGGGUAUGUUUUACGUAAUGGAUUCAAUACAUCACAGGGAAAGCUGUUACGCACUAUCUUAUUUGGAGUAAAGCGUGUUACGGAAAACAAUUUAGAAACGUUUGCAUUUAUUGUUUUUCUUAUGAUAUUCGCUGUAGCCGCAGCCUCCUAUGUUUGGAUAAAAGGCAGCGAAGAUCCUGAAAGAAACCGUUAUAAACUAUUUUUGGAAUGUACGCUUAUCCUUACAUCAAUUAUUCCCCCUGAUUUGCCAAUUGAAUUGACAUUGGCAGUCAACACAUCACUCAUGCAGUUGUCGAAGCUCUUUGUAUUCUGCACUGAACCAUUCCGCAUUCCUUUUGCUGGAAAAGUUCAAAUAUGUUGCUUUGAUAAAACUGGCACGUUAACAUCAGACAAUUUAAUGGUUGAAGGCGUAGCCGGCCUUACCGAUGAUGCAGCCAUCAUUCCUAUGGAUAAAGCUGAAGACAACACAAUACAAGUUUUGGCGACGUGCCAUUCGUUGGUGAUGUUGGAAGACGGAUUAGUUGGCGAUCCUCUUGAGAAGGCAACAUUGACGGCAGUAGAUUGGAAUUUGACCAAACAAGAAAGUGUGAUACCAAAGCGAGGAAAAUUAAAACCUUUGCGCAUCUACCAACGCUUCUACUUUUCAUCGGCCCUCAAACGUAUGUCGGUUUUGGCAGGACAUUUGAGUCAAUUCAGCAGUGAUGUUCAUUACAUUGGUACUGUCAAGGGAGCUCCAGAGGUCUUAAUGAAGAUGCUUAAAGAAGUUCCCAAAAAUUAUGAAAAGACGUUUUUAGAAUACUCAAGGCGGGGAGCUCGCGUAUUGGCAUUAGGCAUUAAGGACCUUGGAUCUCUAAGUUCUCAAAGAGUUCGCGAACUCAAGCGGGAAGACGUUGAGUGCGACUUAACAUUUGCUGGAUUCGUCAUCAUAUCUUGUCCCAUGAAACCGGACUCAAAGAACGUCAUAAAAGAACUCAUACAGGCGUCACAUAAAGUGGUCAUGAUUACCGGCGACAAUCCGUUAACAGCUUGUCAUGUUGCUGAGGAACUGCGAUUUACUCGAAAAAAAUUGCUUAUAUUAUCACUAUCUAAGAAAGAAUUAAAUUGCUGGCAAUGGAAUUCUAUAGAUGGUGAAACAAACCUAGAUCUAAAUGAUGAUUUAAAAACAAUCUUGACUGAUUAUGACUUAUGUAUAACGGGCGAAGGACUGCAGUACUUAAAUGAUUUUCAACAUAAAAAGAUGUUAGAAAUAUUACCUCGUAUUACGGUAUGUGCCCGCUUUGCCCCCAAACAAAAAGAAUUUGUUAUAACAACUCUCAAGCAAUUGGGCUAUUGCACCUUGAUGUGCGGCGAUGGAACAAACGAUGUGGGGGCAUUAAAGCAUGCAAAUGUCGGUGUGUCUUUGCUCAGCAAUGUCCCCAUUAAAAGAGCAGUGUCACCAUCGACCACCAUCACCUCAACGGCGAAUAGUGCUGGUAAUUCAGUUGAUAAUUUACCUAUAUCACACAAUACAAUUGCUGCAGCCACACAAAGAACUGUGGGACGUAAUGCAAAUGCAACUGUAAAUCGACAAAUGAACCAAGCGCUUUCGCCAAGAGAUCGUGCCCUUCAACAGAGACGAGAGCAGCUUGCACAAACCCAAGCACGUUUACAAAAUGUAUUACGUGAAAUCGACGAGGAACAGGUAUCAGUAGUAAAGCUGGGUGAUGCAAGCAUUGCUGCUCCGUUUACAAGCAAAUCUUCUUCUAUAAUGUGCGUCAACCACAUCAUAAAGCAAGGGCGAUGCACUCUAGUUACCACUCUACAAAUGUUUAAGAUCUUAGCUCUGAAUGCUCUCAUAUCAGCAUAUUGCCAAUCCGUGCUAUAUAUCGAUGGCGUGAAAUUCAGUGACACCCAGGCCACUUUGCAGGGUCUUUUUAUAGCAGCUUGUUUUCUUUUUAUAACACGUUCAAAGCCUUUGAAGACUUUGUCCAAGACCGCGCCGUUGCCAAACAUAUUUAAUAUGUAUACCGUUUGCACAAUAUUGUGCCAAUUUGCAGUACAUUUUGCAUCGCUAUAUUAUUUAACUCAAGAGGCAACAUCGAGGGCACCGCCAAGAGAGGGUAAAGUAAAGCUAUACAUUGACAUGGACGCAGAUGAAAAACAAAAAUUCGAACCAAAUAUUAUCAACAGCACUGUGUAUAUUAUCUGUUUGGCACUGCAAGUUUCAACUUUCGCCGUAAACUAUAAGGGUCAUCCAUUUAUGGAAAGUCUAAGGGAGAAUCGCUUGUUGCUCUACUCAAUCUUAAUAUCGACAGGUUUAGUUUUUAUGUUGGCAUUGGGCUUGUCACCCGAUCUUACCAAUACGUUCGAGAUAGUUGAGUUCCCCAGCGAUUUUCGCCUAAUAUUAAUAUGUGUCCUGCUGGCUGAUACCAUAUGUGCGUAUUUCUUUGAUAGAGUUUGCUCAUUCCUUUUCGGAGAGACUAGAAGAAAAUCAAGUGUAUUGAGCUGUUGAGUAGCAGAUUUACUUAUAUAGUCAUAUUAAGCACCUUUUAUAUCAAAUAGUCAAAUAAGUGGUGAAAACAAUUAAUUAAAAUAUUUAUGCAUGGGAUCACGGAACUCCUAAAUCAAUAAUCUGUAAUUAAA